ACCCCGCCUGGAGCCUCUCCCGCGGACGCGGCCGAGCCGAUGCCCUCCCAGCCAGUCCCGGCACUUCCUCGCAGUCACGCAGUCCCCGAGCAAUCCUCUCCGGCCCCGCCUUCCUCUUCCUCCCCGUUCCCGGAGCGGGGAAUGGCCGGGCCUGCCCCGGUGAGGCAGCAGGUGGGCAGGGCGCGGGGCUGCGGGCAGCGCGUGGAGCCGGCGGAGCUGCGGGACGCCGCCCGCUGCCCGGUGAUGGACGCAGACGGCAGGAGCAUCCUCUUCGGGGCCCUCUAUGGGGAGCAGAAAGCGAUCGUGGUGUUCGUGCGGAAUUUUUUAUGUUACACUUGUAAGGAGUAUGUAGAAGACCUGGCAAAAGUCCCCAAGGAAUUUUUACAAGAAGCAAAUGUGAGGCUUAUAGUUGUUGGACAGUCAUCUUAUCAUCACAUCAAGCCCUUUUGCAGUUUAACUGGCUAUACACACGAAAUGUAUGUAGAUCCACAAAGGGAAAUUUAUAAAACACUUGGCAUGAAAAGAGGUGAAAGUAAUAACGUAUCAGUGCGGAGCCCUCAUGUAAAAUCAAACAUGCUCCUGGGAAGCAUUAAGAGUACAUGGAGAGCGAUGACUAGCCCUGCUUUUGAUUUUCAAGGAGACCCAGCUCAGCAGGGAGGAGCUUUGAUUUUAGGUCCAGGCAAUGAAGUUCAUUUUUUGCACUUUGAUAAAAACAGGCUGGAUCAUGUUCCCAUUAACACAGUUUUGCAGCUGGCAGGAGUUAAAACAGUGAAUUUCACAAAUCAACACCAGAUUAUUGACAUAUGACACUGAUAAAAUAUAUAAGUAUUUUUACAUGUACUGUACAAGAACAAUUCUCCAGUGAAUUCCCACCAGCAUUGGUACUGUUGUGUCUUUAUGGGACCUCUUAAACCUUGUCUAGAAAAUCCAUGCACAGAAUAAACUACCUGGCACUGAAGACGGACACAAAAGUGCUAUUUCCAUUGCGGAUAAGGUAAUAAAAUCUAAAAUACAGCUGAGGCUUAACGCAGAAAGUCCUGUGGCUUAUUAUUUCCUCAUCAAACAAUCUUGCUAAUCUAUUUUAAAAAUCUUUGUUCAAGAUGCACUAAACUAAAAAAUCUGGGUUUGCUAAGGAAGAAUUUCGGAAUCAUGCGUUCAGCAGAUCACACUGGCUUUCAAUCCAAUACUUCUCAGUAACAGUUUGAAGCUUCCAGAACUAUGUGACAGUCCUGUAUUAAGAUCACAGUUCUGAACACUGAAACUUCAGCUUAUGCCUGCUUUUGCAUCUAGUACUGGCAGACAUUAUAAAAUACUUUAUAGUUUUAAAUAAAUAGCUUAAAUACA